AUGGACGAUUCUUAUUAUCUAUCCAAUGAAGCAGGAAUUGAUCAUGUCUUUGAGUCGGCUACUGGAGGCUUUGGUGCCUGUAAAAUUGUAAAUAUUAAAGACAAAUUUCUUAUUUUAAAGAAAUUAUAUGCAGAAGAUGAUACAAACGGAAGAUCAGAAUUCAAAAACCUUACUGAAAUAGAUCUUCCAUUUACGCCAAAAGUAUUUGAUCGCGCAGAAAACCACAACGAGAGCAAAUGGGUUUUAAUUGACUAUAUACCAGGUCUUCAACUCGAUGAGUUUAUUGAUCUAUAUCUACAAAGAGAUGAAUUAUCAUAUUUGAUCAUUCUAAAGAUCUUAUCUACACUUGCUUAUCAAUUAUUAGAAAUGGAAAAGAAGAAAGUUAUCCAUAGAGACUUAAAACCACAAAAUAUCGUAAUAGAUGGCGACCUCGUACCUCAUAUUAUUGAUUGGGGUGAUGCAACAACAAAAUUACAAAAUUUAUUUACAAAUAACUUUCAUGGAACAGUUUCAUAUGCUGCCCCAGAGAAUUUUAAAGGCAAUAAGUUCCUUGAAUCUGAUAUGUACUCAUUUGGAGGGAUUUUAUUUUUCAUUGUUACUCAAUAUCAGCCUUACGACCAAGCAUUUGAUUCAUUAGAAGGACUUAAGUAUUAUACUGACCAAUUUCCCGAAAUGAUUUUUGAUUUGGCCUCAAUUAAAGAAGAUUUUGAUAAUUUACAGAUUGCAAAUACAAAAGAAGAGAAAGAUAUGCUUCAGGACUCAUUGAAAAACAGUAUAUCAACGAUUGUUGAAAUACUGAUCUGUAACAGAAUAACAGAUAAUAGAUUAAUUGAAGAUUUCGAAUUAUUAUCUGAUGAUUUUAAUUUUAUGAUAGAUAAUUUGAUACACAGAUGCUGGGAAUACGAAUAUAAUAAAAGAAUAAGUCGUUCUGACUUACGUGACGAAAUAGAUAAGAUUGCUGAGAAAAUUCUCACUGAAAAAGAACUUGAAGAGUACUGGAAGUAUUGCGAACAGUUAGUUAAUACUGGAAAGAAUGAAUACGGAACUCUUGAAAUGAUUGAGAAAUGUAGAGAAAGAAAGUUUUAUGAAAAUAGCCAAUCUUUGUGUGAUAUACUUAAUUUUAUUCAUAAUACUGAUGAAUAUAAGAUUAAAUAUUAUGAUUUAUAA